AUGUGGUUUUUCAGAUCGCUAAGAGCUCUUUAAUUAGGAUACCCAGCUUAUGUCUGUUGGAUGAUUAAGGGAACAUAACCCAGUCAUGCCCACGAAGAAUGA